UCAAUAAUGAAGGAAAAAAAAUGGAAAUUUCAUUCUGAUUUAGUAAACGAGUUUUGAUAAAAUGUGCGACGAAAAUAUUUACAGUACUCCUAUAAUGUUUAUACACAAAGCACGGCUUUGAACAGCACAAAUCUGAUUCCGUCUUUGGAAUUGUAUUGGUGUUUCGCAUACAAACGAGAAUUAUGUGAAUGAUUCAAAAUAUAAAAAAAUGUAUGGAUAAAAUUAUCUUGUUGUUUUUGCAGGUUUGAAGCGAAGUGUACCUGAGAAAAACAUCCAAAGAUAAAUAUAAUAAAGAAGAAGUAGUCAAAAAUGUGCAACUGAAUGUGAUAUAACUUUGUAAGCAACAAUUUUGUGUUUUAUGCAAAAAAAUAUAAGUAUAAACGAGUUGUAAAAAAUACUUCGAAAUGGCCAAUGAGAUGGUAUCGAAUGGUAAAAAUAUGCAAGGUUUUGUAGUUGGUGGUGCAACAUCAGGACUGACACGCGAACGCAGCUUCGUGCGUACACAAAACCACCAGAACAAGAGACGUAGUCUUGCUUUCACAAUGCAGCAUGAUAUUCAGCAGCAGCAACAACACCAACAAUUGCGUUCGAAGAGAGCUAUAGAAAUAUAUCGACCGCCAAAUGGUGCUUCAGCUCAAAAUAAACUCAAUGUGAAUGCCCCUGAGUUUACGGUCAAUCGCGAUGUGCAAAACACGCAGCCUGUUGGAUUCUUCUCUUCACCAAACGCACAAUAUCUGCAGCACUCAAAGUCAAGUGGGAAUAUCCAACAUCAGAUUCAAUUAGCAGUUGCUAGACACCACGCUGAGCAGAUGACAAACAUAAAUUCACCCCGUACAAUUCUGGUUUCGCAUCCUAUACAGCUUCAGCGAAUGGGUUUAGGAGUGGACAGUGUACCAUCGAGUACAAUACCGAUGAGUUCUACUGCUUCAAAAGUGAAGUUUGCGGAUCAAACAGGCAAUCAAGAGCUAAAAUCUAUGAAUUCAAAUAAUACAAAUACGAAUUCACUUCAGAGAUCAAAAUCAUUGUCGUCUGCUGAUGCACUAGCAAGGGGAAUCGCUUCACUUGGGCUGGUCAAUGUGGGAUGCACAAAUGAAGCAAAUGACAUUGGCACAUUCAAACCAGAAAUUCAAGCUAUUGUCGAACAAGCGCUAAUCGAUCCAAACAAAUUGAACGCUCGCACUUUGAUGGUUUUGGCAAAUCAAAUAAUGCAAAGAGCUGUCGAAGGGAGACGAUUUGCUUUACCAGCAUCACGGUUCUGUAUCACAAUAAUUGCGAAAGAGCAAAAGGAAACGUACUUAGAAGCUUUACUCAAUACGUGCCGACUAUGGUACCAGGAACGUGGGGUGGUGUUGGGUUCACCACAGAAGAUUAAAAACUCUGCAAGACCUAGAUUUACAGCCUUCAUGGCGUUUCUCACUGAAAUGUUUUGUCAAUUGAAGAGACGUCAAUUACAACUACGGACUAAAUGUGAUGGUGUACCGCCCCCUAUCGUUUUGCUAACCGUUUUAUCGAAAUGCUGCGAGGAAAGCGUUAGAUCCCCAGUUCGAUCAUUAUCAGAGAUUGAAUGUUUAUUCUACGUUUUAACUUGUGUUGGACGCGACAUUGAAACACACCUUCCUCAACAACUGGAGAUAUUGCUCUCCUUGGUCCGUGACGCGUUUCUGAACUCGAGUGCUUCCGCCCCAACAAUUCGUCGAACUUUGUUGAUGAUUAUUGAGCUUCAGGCUUCUCAUUGGCAGCUGUCUGGGAACACCGUUCUGUAUUAUUAUCCGACAACAAAAUGAUUAACCGCUGAGAUUAUGUGGUGGGAAAAUGGCCCCAUCACACAUUUUGUGACACAUAAUCAGCACUAUUUUGCCAGAUACUUUUCUUUUUGAGCUGAGUCUCGAUCAUUAUUCAUUUAUUCAUAACGAAAUCGAACGACCAACUAACAACCACUUACAACGAUAUAUGUAUCAUACAUGUAUAUGUAUGUAUGUAUAAUUUUUUUUCUGAAUAAUACACUAAUCGAAGGAACGCCAAUUGUGCAUUGUUGAUUUGCUGAAAGCGCGUGUGAAAAACAAACACCGUGACGUGCUAUUAAAAAAGUGCAAAGUAAAAGCGUAUGAAAUGCAAAAACAAAUGAAUAACGUAAAAAAAACAUCGACAUCGAUACAAAACAAUCUUCAUACUGAAAAAUUAGCGACCGGAAAUUGUUAAAAUUACAUGUUAUACAUUUUUCGUAAUUCUUCUGGUUCCAGGUGGUACAUAUUGAGCCACGAAAGUUUUGUCAUAUGCGCGUAUAUCUUUUGUGGGCUGUUCGGAUCAAACGUUUUCGCACCCUCUGUAAAGAAUAAUGGACUUAACAUAUAUGUUUGUAUAUAUAUACGUCCGAUUGAAAUUAUAUUGAAUAACCAUUGACACUAAUUUUCUUUCCAACAUUUCAAAUAAUUUAUUGAACUUACUAGCAUAGAUACAAUGCAUCUUCAACAAAAAUAAUCGAAUAUUGGGAAUAUAUUUUCCAUAUAUUGGCAUAUAUUACAAAUACUAGUCAUUUAGAACAAAGUAUUUAUUUGCGAUAAAUUAGUUAUAAGAUGGCAAUGAAUAUUUUCCUGAAUAAAGUGUCACUAAAAUCAA